CGUAUCGCAUUGAAGGAUUACAACAAUAUGGAGCCACUGGGUCAGGUGUCCGGAGCCUCCUUUACGUGCCCUAUUUGUCAGAAAGCGUUCAGUAUUCGUAAGCUCCUCAUUUGGACGGCAUUCUAG